GCAUCUCUUAGUCUAACGACGGUUGCCACGCGGUGUGUGACGAUUAACGCGUCCAAACGGUCAGCGCCGUUGUGAUCUACUAGUAGCGAGUACUCUCAAAAAAUUUGAAUAGUGCUUUAAAUAUUUUUGAGUGUGUACGGCACGAUGUCUGGGUUACUACGGACAUUUGGCUUUUUAGCCGUAAUCGUGCUGGUGGUCAUUUUCGGUGAAGGUGAAAGUGCAAGGAUUUUGGCGAUUUUUCCAGCACCGGCCAAAAGUCAUCAAAUAGUUUUCCGAGCGUUUAUGAAAGGGCUUCUGGAACGGGGUCAUCAUAUCACGAUGAUGACCACGGAUCCGUUCGAAACCAGUAACCCUAACAUUACGCAAAUCAAUUGGAACUACACCCAUAAGAUAGUGGAAGAAAAUUUCGAUGUUGCUGGUAUGAGGCAACAGGGUUGCACGUCGUUGGACAUUGCGACUCAAUUGUUGGUGGUGACGAAAAAGUUUAUAGAAGCUGAAUUAGCGCAUCCGGAAGUGCAGCAACUGAUCGAAAACGCGAGUGAAGAACAUUUUGAUGUGUUGAUAAUGGAGUAUUUUCAGAUGACUCCGUUUCAUGCGUUUGCCGAUCUGUUUAACGUGCCCAUGAUUGGAAUCACGUCGAUUGAUUCGAUUUCUAUGGUCCAUCAAGUUUUGGGGAACGUUAUGAAUGUGGUUGCCCAUCCGGAAAUGAAUCAUAAGUUCUCAUCCGAACCUAAUUUCCUGCAACGAUUGGUAGCCGUUGUAACAAAAGUUUUUAUUGAUAACUAUUUGAUACCGCGUGAGUUUGCGAAGUACGAUAAAGUGAUUGAGCGAAAUUUCGGUAGUAAUAUGACGAAGUCACGUGAAUUGAUGCAUCGUAUCGACUUUCUUAUGACCAACGUGGAACCUGCGCUUGGAUAUGUGCGUCCAAGUGUGCCACAAACAAUCCAGUUGGGAUUCCUGCAUAUCGAAGAACCCAAACCUCUACCAAAGGAUCUGAAGCGAUAUUUCGAUCAUUCCCAGCACGGUGUUAUUUACUUCAGUUUGGGAACAUUAAUCCGCAGUAAUUCGAUCAACGCGCGGAACUUGAAAGUGUUUGUUGAUACCUUCAAAUCACUUAAAUACGAUGUCCUGUGGAAGUGCGACAGUGAAGUCGACCUGAACGGCACGAGUAACAUACGAAUAGCGCGAUGGCUGCCUCAGCAGGAUUUGCUCGCCCACCCGAACGUGAAACUGUUCGUCACCCAGGGCGGUCAGCAAUCGAUGGAAGAGGCUAUAGAUCGACACGUGCCGAUGGUGGUAAUCCCGUUCAACUUCGACCAGUUUGGCAACGGCGAUAAAGUGGUCGAACGUGGAAUCGGCAAGACGAUCUGGAUGGAGCGGCUGACGACCGAGAAGCUCCGGGAGACGAUUCUUGAGGUCAUCAGCAAUAAAAAAUACAAACGAAACAUUGAACGACUCGGCAAGCUGGUGCGUGAUCAACCGAUGCGUCCUGUCGAGAAGGCGGUUUGGUGGACGGAAUAUGUCAUUCGCCAUCAGGGUGCUUCACAUUACCGCUACAAGGCUGCCCAGAUGCCCGUGUGGCAGUAUCAUUACUACGAUGUGGUGGUCACACUGCUGGCUGCCAGCCUUGCGGUGCUUGCUCUUGCCAUUUAUGCCAUUCGGCAUUUCUUCAACUUUAUUUUCGGUCCCUGGCUCGCCGUACAAGUGAAGGAGAAAUCUCUGUAGUGUAAUUUGAAGUGUACAUAGUGACUGAAAAUUUCAAGUACACCACCAGUACAUACCACUUCUGCUUGCGGGCGAGCGUGCGAAGGCUAACGAAGACUCACAAUUGCAUUAUGAGGUCUUGAUGAGGAGAUAGAUACCUUUCCAUCACCCAAGCUCCACAUAACUAUCUCUUUUUCUCCCUCUCUCGACUGUCUAUUAGUUUUAUUUUGUUAGGCGGUGUGCUAUGCAAGCAGGGUGGAUUAUGUUGUCGUACAUACCAAAAAAAAAGUUCCAUGGCCGAACAACCUUGAGAAAAAGCAGAAUACCAUUGCGCAAUCGGCCUCACAUACGGCGGAAAGCAAGAGUACUUAACAAAUUGGCACUCGCCAUAUGGACCAAGGUGACGAAGAGCUUUUGUACUAUGUACUUGCCGGCGUGUGUGUAUUUCUAAUGUAGGUUAGGUAAAGUUAGUUUUAAUGUUUGCUUAAACUCUUGACACCGGCUUCUGCUACUCCAUUCACGUUGUUUGGAAACGCAAAGGCGGUCUCCGUCUCGUGUACAAAAGGUCAAAACGUGUGUACGAUACAAGUGAGUAAGUAGUAAAUGAUUUGAUUGAACCAGUCAUUGAGAGUUUCGACAUAGUUUGUAGAAUAGAUUUUCCGUUGCAGUUUCGGUGCAGCAAUGAAGAUGAAGUUAACUGUAUAAUUUAAUG